AGUCCAGUAGAUGGCGGUAAUGUGACAUAACAUUGGUUGUCAACCUCCGUCAAACACCACUGAUGUAGAAUUCGCAAAUCUGGGACGCCCUUGGUCGCGCAGCUGUGAUUUAUUGUGAUGGGCCUGGAGGUAAAGUGAGUGAGUGUGCUCGACUCUAUACAAAUAGUUUAGUGGUGUUGUCUUCAAAUGUCCGUUAUUCGAGUUGAAACGGAUUGGGAGGAGGCAAGAAGCCCAUGACAACAUGAGUCCUCCAGCUGUGCCUGUGGUCCACUGUUGUUGUCGCAGGAACAUCAGGUUACACUCAACAGCUGCAGGGGGCUGCCAGUCUACCACCUCUGUGUUCCUUCAACCUACCACCUCUCUGUGUUCCUUCAGCACGUAUUGAUCUGAUCUGCCCCUGGGCGAUGGUGAGGAGAGGGCAGCACCAUGAAUAGAUACACCACGCUCAGGCAGCUCGGGGAUGGCACCUACGGCUCAGUCAUCCUCGGCCGCAGCCUGGAAUCAGGAGAACUGGUCGCAAUUAAGAAAAUGAAGAGAAAAUUCUACUCAUGGGAGGAAUGCAUGAAUCUUCGUGAAGUCAUAUCCUUGAAGAAACUCAACCAUGCGAAUGUGGUCAAACUCAAGGAGGUUAUACGGGAAAAUGACCACUUGUACUUUGUGUUUGAAUACAUGAAGGAGAACUUGUAUCAACUAAUGAAAGACAGGUCUCGGCUGUUUCCUGAAUCUGCCGUGCGAAAUAUUAUGUUCCAGAUACUGCAGGGAUUAGCUUUUAUUCAUAAGCAUGGAUUUUUUCACAGGGAUAUGAAACCUGAGAAUCUUCUGUGCAUGGGACCAGAGCUUGUGAAAAUAGCUGACUUUGGGCUUGCCCGUGAGAUAAGAUCUCGGCCGCCAUACACAGAUUAUGUUUCAACAAGAUGGUACAGAGCUCCAGAGGUGCUGCUGAGGUCCACCUCGUACAGCUCUCCCAUAGACCAGUGGGCUGUGGGCUGCAUCAUGGCAGAGCUUUACACCCUCAGGCCUCUGUUCCCUGGCUCCAGUGAAGUGGACACCAUCUUCAAAAUCUGCCAAGUCCUGGGAACUCCAAUGAAGAAUGACUGGCUGGAGGGCUUCCAGUUGUCAGCAGCCAUGAAUUUCCGCUGGCCCCAGUGUGUCCCCAGUAAUCUGAGCAGUCUGAUCCCCAACGCCAGUACUGAGGCCAUCCAACUGAUGAGAGACCUACUCCAGUGGGACCCUAAGAAGAGGCCAGCCUCUGCCCAUGCCCUCAGGUACUCCUACUUCUACGUGGGUCAGGCGUUGGGCACACCUCAGCAGAUCCUGGAGCAGGGCAGGCCUCAGCCAGGUCCCCUACCUCCACAGCCACCACAACCAUUACAGCAGCCCCUGCAGCAGCUACAACCACUGCUGCUGCUCAAGCCAGCGCCCCCUCCCCAGCCAGCGCCCCCUUCCCAGCCAGCACCCCCAAAUCAGCAUUUCACCUCGUCCAGGCCCUUGCAACAGAUCCAUCCAGCCCCAGUCUCAGCCCCCACCCCAGUUCCAUCAUACCAGAGGCACUCAAAGCUGUUGCGAGAGCAGCCCAACCGCAUGGUGAAGCAGGAGGAGACUGAGAGGGCCCCACAGACUCGCUUAACUUACGUUGUUGACAAGAGCUUGCAGAGCCAGUUGACCCAGGAGGCUGAGAAUGCCAACUUCUUAAGCUAUCAGAUGAAACCUAAGGGUGGAGGACGCCGGCGAUGGGGCCAUGGCACAGGCCUCCUAAAGGGUGACGAGUGGGAUGACUUUGAGGACUCGGAGCUGACCUCACUAACUUUUCUGGGCAAAACAAAAUUUCCUACAGAAAAACGAAGAGAGGAGACUUUGAGCAGGUACGGAAAUGUUUUGGAUUUUAGCAGCCCCAAAGUUAAGGGGCAGGUGACGACAGGUGACGAUGCACCUUUGAAUCUGAACAAGGCCAUGUCCUACCAGGAGCCUUCGAGGACAGCUUCUGCCAAACAGUAUUACUUGAAGCAGUCAAGAUAUCUACCAGGUUUAAGUACUAAAAAGAAUAUGGCAAUAAAUUCCAACUACAGUGAAAGCAACCUCUGGGGCAGCAACAUUCCUGUUGGAGGAACACUUCCUAACCGAGGCACUCAUGGUUCAAAUACUCUUCCAAGUGGAUAUGUACCGAACUAUUACAAAAAAGAGGUUGGCUCUGCCGGGCAAAGAGUGCAACUCGCACCUAUAGGGGACUCAACAGCAUCAAAUUAUGCAACCUGGAGGUCGUCUAGCAGAAGUCAGAUGGGUGCCUCGUCCUAUGUGCCGUCGCCCACCAAGACUACGCCUGGCCUACGGUCUCGCCCCCCAGCACAGGCCAUCCAUGGACGCACAGACUGGUCUGCCAAAUAUGGACACCGCUAGUGGCCUCUUUGGGACACUUGUGUUAUUUCAGUACUUCAGAUUUGUCUUUUCCCUAUAAAAGGAAAAAUGUAUGUUUUCAUAUCAAAGUAUGUACAUGUUAUACAGCAAUAACCUUGGUUUUGUAUUAAUCUGUGUCUAUAUUGUUCAAUGUACAACUUUUUCAGUGUAUGUGUGUAUUAUAUGGAUAAAUGACCUCUGCAAAA